AUGUCUCUCUCACGAUAUGGCGUCGACGAUGCAAAGGUGCCGCAGCAACCUUUCCUUGCAAGUGAAGCCCCCAGAGGACCAACUUUCCUCGACACAACUGCAUGCCUGUGCAGUCUCCGCGCGCUACCAGGACAGAACAAGCUCGCCGAAGCCAAUGCAGCCUUAGACAAUGGCCAAGCAGCAUGGCAAUGUAUCGGAAACCAGACCCAGGGCGUUUAUAACGUUACAAGUGGGAAAUGGUACAAAGCGAAAAAUGCCAAAGGGUCGCUCAAGCUGCCCAUGGAGGAUGACUCGAAUCCACCGGUUGGGAAAGAUCUUGUUUGGGAUUCCAAAAGCAAAUCUCUCGAGCCUUUGAAGGAUAACACACUCACAGUCUAUGAUCGAGACUGCACCGGCACCAACAGGUCGAGCUUUUCCACCAGCUUCUACAGAGCCACCCACCAGCAACUGAACGACCAACUUCCUUACGAUGCCGCACCUUGUUGGAGACCCGGUGCUCUCCCCCUCCAAUUGCAGAAUAUAUCUUCGUGGCAGAACGAAGGGUGCAGGGAAGGAUUUCUGUGCCAAAACAACACCAUCAACUCACUCCCCCAAUCCUGUCCUCCUCUCAAAGAAUGCACUGUCGCACGUGUUUCGGGCAUAACCUGCUCAUUCAAUGGCUCAAAUAUAGCCAUGGGUGUUUUCGAGCCGAUUGUUUGUCAGGCAGGCUACUAUUGCCCUGUUGAAGACAAAGGUCAGAAGAAGAUCCGGUGCCCUGCAGGCUCGUAUUGUCAGCCGGGUUCCUCCUCGCCAACGCCUUGCAAUGUCGGCAGCAGCUGUCCAGAGGGUUCAUCGUUCCAACGCUAUUAUGUCCCCUUGCUAGCUUUGAUUCUUGUCGAUAUUCUUCUCCUUGUGGGUAUGUUUGUCUUGAUGUUCCGUUCACGAUGGCAGAGAACAUCCAAGGCGCAUACCGGUAUGCUGAAGAGACACAAGACCAUGAGGGCUGUCAAGGCGACAAUCACUGGAGGUGGAUACAAGGAGCUGCGCGACGAUGCGGAUCACGAGAUGGCUCCGAUGCAGCCUGGCUACAGUCCCUAUUCACCAUAUGGAUUUCGGGAGGGUCGCAGCCGAACUGGUUUCGAGGCUGCUCUCAACCGCAACAGUGUUUACAGCUCUGAAGCGGAGCAAAGGGAACUGGAAGCCAACCCCCAACUCAGAGCUUUUGUCGAGUCUAUGCGAAGAGCAACUGAGGCAACCAACUUUGGUCUUUCUUUCAGAUAUUCCGACCUUGUUUUCCAUCCCAAGAAAAGCCCCAAGCCUGUCCUGCAGAACGUGACUGGUUCCAUCGAGCAGGGGCAACUUGUUGCUGUCAUGGGCGGAUCAGGAGCCGGCAAAUCAACUUUCGUCAACGUUUUGAUGGGUAAAACAAGCAACACGGGCGGAAUCGUUGCCGUCAACAACACUCCAGGCAAGAUGAAGCAGUAUAAGAAGCUGACGGGUUAUGUGCCUCAAGACGAUGUCGUGUUGCCCGAGUUAACUGUUUACGAGAACAUUGUCCACUCAGCACGCGUCAGACUUCCUCACAACUGGACUCCCAAGGAGAUUGAGGAUCACGUUGAGGCUGUCAUUGAUUGCUUAGAGCUCUCACACGUCCGCGAUUCCCGGGUUGGUAGUGUUGGCAAACCUGUUAUCAGCGGUGGCCAGCGAAAGCGUGUAAGCAUCGGUAUGGAAUUGGCAGCGGCGCCUAUGGCUAUCUUCCUUGACGAACCAACCAGUGGUUUGGAUGCGACUGCAGCAUCAUCCAUCAUGCGCACACUCAAGGCCAUCGCAAGACUUGGCAUUUCCAUCAUUGUCAUUAUUCAUCAACCCCGAACCGAGAUCUUCGACUUGUUUGACAACCUCAUCCUUCUUGGCAACGGACAAACCAUCUACGAAGGCCCUCAGAUCGAGUCGCAGACUUACUUUGAGAGCAUGGGUUUCCAGUUCCCCGAGCACAGCAACCACGGUGACGUGAUUACCGACAUCAUCACUGGUAACGGUCGAGAAUACAACAACGUGGGCGAUGUGUCCAAGGAAGCCCUUAUCUCGCAUUGGGCCAAGAUGCGCCAGAAUAAGAAAGAGGAGGCUUAUGAGCGGAGGAGUAUCAGAUCCACUAUGCUAGGCGACACAGGCAUGCGCCAGGCCCUCAAGAAGCGAGGCGCUCCGUACUAUAAACAAGCCUGGCUUUGUCUGUGCCGUGCUAUGCUCCAGCAAUACCGCGCAAGGGCUGCUUUCUUUGCUGAAAUGGGUCUUGCUGUGCUAGCAGGCGCCCUGCUUGGCCUUGCCAACAACCCUAAGAAAGGUAUCAUGUUUGUUGGUCUAUUCCACGAACCUUAUGAUGUAUUGUCGACUUCGAUUGAUUUCUUUUCUGCGCCUCAGUUCGCUCUUCUGAUCGCAAUUGCCAUCGGUCUUGUUGCUGGUGCUCCUGGUGUCAAGCUCUUUUCUGAGGAGAUGCUCUUGUACAAGAGGGAGGCUGAAGCAGGUCAUUCACGACUGGCUUACUUCCUUGCCAAGGUUGUAUCCGUCUUUCCUCGCAUGGCACUUGGAUGUUUGCAUUUCACCGUGCCACUCUUCCUGCUGUCGACGCCUAUCGUGGACUGGGGCCUGGCGUUCCUCGUCAACGUCCUGUACUUCUACUGCAUUUAUGGCCUGGCAAGCAUCAUAAGCAUGGUCGUCCGUCGAGAAGAUGCACCACUGUUUGCGACUAUGAUUUCCCUCAUUACUGGUAUUCUUUCCGGUUCUGCACCGCCGUUGGCAUCUGUCCGAGACUGGCAUAUGGAGUGGCUAUGGCGGGCGUCUCCUGCGACAUGGUUGGCAGAGUUGUACUUUGGCCAGCUUGUGGCACCUUUCUCAUAUCUUUACUCGGUUGACAUUGCAGCUGAGAAGACCGGAUACCAUCUCGACCGCAAGUGGCUCAAUAUUGGUAUUUUGGUGGCGAUCGGAACGCUUUAUCGACUGAUUGCUUUUGCCGGUAUGAUUCUUGGACAUCGGCUAAGAAGAUGA